GUUUCUUGGAGAAUCCAUUGUCAUGGGACAGGAAACAAGGAGACUUUUAGAUGAAUAUGAAGUAUCAGACGUUCUGGGGAGAGGAGGAUUCUCAGUUGUGAGAAGGGGUACAAGGAAAUCAAGUAGUGGUGAAAACCCUGUAGCCAUCAAGACGCUGAAAAGGUGUGGACAAACGAAUCUACCAGGACUCCCCCGUAACCGUGGCAGCGAGAAACGUGUGGCGUCGAUGGCAUUCCCUACAUGGAAACAAGUGUCGAUUUCAGAUGCAUUACUGACAAAUGAAAUCUUGGUUAUGAGGAAAAUAGUAGAACAUGUUUCACCGCACCCCAAUGUGAUCAACCUCCACGACGUGUAUGAGGACCCAAGCGGGGUUCACCUUGUGCUUGAGCUUUGUUCCGGGGGAGAGCUGUUUGAUCGGAUCGUGGCACAGGCGAGGUACUCAGAGGCUGGCGCUGCAGCUGUGGUUAAGCAGCUUGCAGAAGGGCUAAAGGCGCUACACCAGGCCAAUAUUAUCCAUAGAGACUUGAAGCCUGAGAAUUGUCUAUUCUUAGACAAAAGUGAGGAUGCUACUUUGAAGAUCAUGGACUUUGGGCUGAGUUCUGUGGAGGAAUUCACAGAUCCAGUUGUGGGGUUGUUCGGUUCCAUAGACUAUGUGUCGCCAGAAGUUCUUUCUCAGGGCAAAAUCUCAUCUGCAAGUGAUAUGUGGUCUUUGGGAGUGAUCUUGUAUAUUCUCCUCUCUGGGUAUCCACCUUUCAUCGCACAGUCAAAUCGGCAGAAACAGCAAAUGAUAAUAGCUGGAGACUUCAGCUUCUAUGAGAAGACCUGGAAGAACAUUUCUUCAUCAGCAAAGCAAUUAAUUUCCAGUCUCCUCACAGUUGAUCCUGAGAGGAGACCUACAGCUCAACAACUCCUCCAGCAUCCAUGGGUCAUGGGAGAUUCUGCCAAGCAGGAUCAAAUGGAUGCAGAGAUUGUUUCACGACUGCAGAGUUUUAAUGCCCGGCGCAAAUUCCGUGCUGCUGCAAUAGCAAGUGUGUGGAGUAGCACGGUGUUCUUGAGAACAAAGAAGCUGAAAACUUUAGUAGGGUCCCAUGACCUUACCCAGGAGGAACUUGAGAACCUGAGGAUCCAUUUUAAGGAAAUAUGCUUAAAAGGCGACAAUGCCACUCUAUCUGAAUUUGAGCAGGUGCUAAAAGCAAUGAACAUGUCAUCACUAAUUCCUCUGGCAGGCCGCAUCUUUGAUCUAUUUGACAACAACCGAGAUGGCACAGUUGACAUGAGAGAGAUACUCUGUGGGUUCUCCAGCCUCAGAAAUUCACAAGGAGAUGAUGCUCUACGCUUGUGCUUCCAGAUGUAUGACACCGACAGGUCUGGAUGCAUUACUAAGGAAGAAGUAGCAUCCAUGCUUAGAGCUUUGCCAGAUGACUGUCUUCCAGCAGAUAUCACAGAACCAGGAAAAUUAGAUGAGAUAUUUGACCUGAUGGAUGCCAACAGCGAUGGAAAAGUAACCUUUGAAGAGUUCAAAACAGCCAUGCAGAGAGAUAGCUCCCUCCAAGAUGUAGUCCUCUCCUCUCUCCGCCCACUAUAGUUUUCCCACUUCCCAUGUUUGCCUUUUUCAGCUCCAAUCUAAUCAUUUCUUGGCCUUUUACAAAAUUUCUUUGCAUAUUAAUGUUAUAGAAACAAAAAAUUGGUGAUAAAACAAGGUGGGACAUAACUACGGCAAAUGGCAUUGGUAUUUUCUACAGAUAGGCACUUUGUGGUUCAAUGGUAUAUUGAAUGACAAAACAAUGGAACUGGGACUUCAAUCAUUCAUGUAACCAACAUAUAAACAUACUUUUUCCUUAAA